CUCGCUGCCAUCACGCCCCUCCCUCCUCUCUCGCGGGACCCACAAAUAGCAGGGAGCGCCGGGGAGCUCCAGCAUUCCCAACCCGCUCCCAGGACGCCCAUCCCGCCUCCCGAGGGACGAUGGAGACCUGGAUCCUCCUGUUCGGGGCAGGAAUUGCCCUGGGCUGCGUGUCCGGCCACCUGUACACGGCCCCCGACUCCUGCGAGGGACGCUGCGGGGAGCCCUUCAGCGAGGAGGACGAGUGUCACUGUCACCCCGAGUGCGAGAGACACCACAACUGCUGCGAGGACUACGAGAGGCACUGUGGGCCCGGUGGGGAAGGGGCCGAGGAUGAAGCUCGAACCCGCAACGGAUUCUCCAGCAGCCGCGAUUCCAUCACGGACCAGGAGCUGCUGGAGCUCUCGGAGCAGCUUUAUGGGGUGGAUCACAACAAAGCCCGGCCCGGCGACAUCACCCUCAACCCCCAGCACCACGCAGGCCCCGACGAGACCGGGGACAAACAGGACCGGUCCCCGCAGCCGCUCUACAAAUACGUGAACGAGGAGCUCUUCUCCAAGCCCACCUACGCCAGCUUCAUUAAGCUGCUGGAUAAUUACCAGAGGGCCACGGGCAGGGAGGAGGAGGUGACGGCUGAGGAGCUACGGGAGCAGGACCGUUUCCUCGAGGAGGUGAUGAAAACAGAGCUCAUGAAGAAACUCUUCACCUUUCUGCGGGGAAAAAAUCGCUACGGCUCCGAGCAGGAGUUCGUGCAGGAUUUGAAGGAGAUGUGGUUCGGCCUCUACUCCCGAGGGGAUGGAGAACGGGAUUCCAGCGGCUUCGAGCACGUGUUCUCAGGGGAGGUGAAAAAGGGAAAAGUGUCUGGAUUUCACAACUGGAUCCGCUUCUACCUCCUGGAAAAGCAGGGGGUUGUCAACUACUUCAGCCACAACUUCAACGGGCCGUGGGACACGUACCCUGACGUGCUGGGGCUCCAGUUCAGCUGGGACGGCUUCUACAAAGAGGUGGGGUCGGCCUUCAUCGGCUGCAGCCCCGAGUUCGAGUUCGGCCUCUACUCCCUCUGCUUCCUCGCACGGCCCGGCCGGGCAUGUCACCUGAGCCUGGGCGGGCACGGCCUCAGCGUCCAGACCUACCCCUGGACCAAGUCCACCUACGGCAGCGGCAGGAGGUUCAUCGCCACCGCCUACGUGAUGUCACCCUGAGGGGGGGACGGCUGUGGGGCGAGCACCGCCCGCUCUGGGGCCGGUCCGGCCGCGGGACGGGAGCGGCCGCGCUGCGGGCCCGGGCCGGGGGCCCGGAGGGGCCUGGGAGGGGCGGCGGGACCACCGGGACACCCCCAGCCCCCACCGCGAGCCGCGGGCCCGGUCUCGGCAGAAGAGCGGCGGGAAGAGAAGGAUUUGGCACGGAAAGGAGGAUUCUGAGCGGAAUAAACACUGUCCUGGCUG